UCCAUGGUUUUGGUUACACCGUAUGCAUGUAUGUCUCACUAUUGGCAACAAAAAUGCUCUCUUCUCCUUCUCCGCCAUGCCACUACCACUCCACCGUUUACAAUCCACGCGCCUCCGUUUUCCACCGCUCGAACUCCAAUUCUGGUGGUUUCCACCAUUUAAAAAUCUCAAAAAUCCAAAGCAGAGCUUCCACUUCCGGUGAGCCCACCCCCGAACUCAAUCCUCGGAACCAUAACUCCAAGUCCAUGGCCCUCCUUCUCCACCACCUCUCAAACCAAUCCCAAUCUUCGAACCCUAAACGAGAAGACCUGGAGCACCCUCGGUUGUCCGCCGAAGAGAGAGUGAGGCUCUUGGAAUUGUCCCUGGUACAGAACAGGACGCCUCAGUUCCCUGGCUCCGUCUACGUACAGUCCCCCAGCGAUGCAGAUGUGUCCAGUUCCCUUCCGCCAUUGCAGACUCUGUUUCGAGAUGGUGAUUUUGAUGAGGACAAUGAUCAGGAGAUGAUAAUGCGUGCGGUUGAGAUUCGGAGAAAAGUGACGGCCGAGAUUUUCCUGGAAGCCAUGAGAAGGGGGAAGUUUGGGAUCACUUACAGCUCGAAUUUGGUGAGCAAGUUGGAUGAUUUCAUCGAUUAUGUUAUGGUUGAGGCUGCUUCAUUAAAGCGCUUGCCGGAAUUUUCAAAUUCCAACUUCAAUGUUCGCGCCAAGACUGUCAUACAUGAUUCAAAUGUUGUGCCACUGAUCAGGUGGUUGAAGCAUAAUUCAUUGUCUUAUCCUCAAAUUAGAAAGCUUAUUUGCAUGUCUAAGGGAGAUCUAGAGUCCAUUAUCCGUUUAGCUAACUGGUUGAAGUCAAUGCAUGUUAAGGGGAGAUUCAUAGGACUUGCCAUGUUAAAAGGAGGAGAGAGCGUUUUCAAACGUGGUAGUGAAGAACUUGAUGAGAUUUUUGAGUAUUUGGAGAGAAAUGGAGUAAGGAAAGAGUGGACAGGCUAUGUUUUGAGUCGAUGCCCGCAACUGUUGUCCUACAGUUUUGAAGAAAUAAAAACUCGGGUGGGGUUCUUCUUAGAUAUGGGCAUGAACGACAAGGAUUUUGGCACAAUGGUAUUUGAUUAUCCGAGAAUACUUGGCUACUUUACUUUAACAGAGAUGAGCGAAAAGGUUAACUAUUUAAAGGAGUUUGGCCUAAGUAUUGAGGAAGUUGGCAAAUUACUUGCAUUUAAACCAGAAUUGAUGAGCUGUAGUAUUGAGGAAAGGUGGAAGCCUCUAGUCAAGUAUCUGUACUACCAUGGAAUUUCACGAGAUGGCAUGAGGAGAAUGCUUACUAUUAAACCGAUGGUUUUCUGUGUGGAUUUGGAGAUGACCAUUGUGCCGAAGGUACAAUUUUUUAAGAACAUUGGCAUUCGAGAUGAUGCUAUAGGAAACAUGCUUGUAAAGUUCCCUCCACUGCUAACUUAUAGCCUCCAUAAGAAAAUCCGGCCAGUGGUAAUUUUCUUGAUGACCAGAGCAGGAGUUACUAAGAGAGAUAUUGCGAAGGUGAUAGCCUCAGGACCAGAGCUCUUGGGAUGCAGUAUUGUGCAUAAGCUUGAGAUUAAUAUGAAGUAUUAUCUAUCAUUAGGCAUACGUCUUCAACAAUUGGGUGAGAUGAUUGCUGAUUUUCCCAUGCUGCUGCGGUACAAUUUGGAUGUUCUCCGUCCUAAGUAUCGUUACUUACGGAGGACCAUGGUCCGCCCUUUGGAAGAUGUGAUUGAGUUUCCAAGGUUUUUCAGCUACUCUUUGGAGAGUCGAAUUAUUCCAAGACACAAAAUUCUGGUGGAGAAUAGGGUCAAUAUGAAAUUGCGCUACAUGCUGGGUAGCACUGAUGAGGAGUUGGAAAAGAAGAUUCAAGAUAUAAGGGAAAGACGCCAGAGAUUUGAAUCAACCAUUGUAAAUGAUGAAUUCUUUAGUCCUGAAAAAGAAAUUGACGAUGACUUCACUGUCGAACAGACAUUAAUUGAUACAGAAACUGAGGCAAAAUAAUCUUUUCCAUGAAUGCAAUCUCCUGCCAGAUUUCUGAAGAAUCACAGAAUUGUUCAAUGUUCUAUCUUUUCUAGUUAAUGCUCCAAUGCCUUCAGUUACAUGAUGGACCUUAUCAAGCUGUUGAAAAGAAAGUGAUCGUAACCCAGACCAAUAAUGAAAAUUUUGUUCAAGGAGCGCAGUGAAGUUGUGCGGAGAAUAAACCAAAAGUCUAGGAAGCCAUUAG